AUGAUGAUUGCCAAGAUCCUUGCCGCUACCCUUAUCCCGGUGGUCCUCGCUGAGGGGCCAUUUGGGCCGCAAGGGCGCUUCUUCGGUGGCUUUCGUGGACCACUCGCAGCGGCAGCCGCCACACCAGGCAUCUAUUCUGUCGAGCCAGUCUCCCCACCGCAGCCAUACAGCUUUGGCUACGACAACGUGGACGAGUUCGGCACGCAGUCCUACCACAAGGAACAGGGCGACGCCAACAACGUGAAGACCGGGACGUACGGCUACCGCGACGCCAACGGCAUCUACCGCCGCGUGUCGUAUGUGGCUGACGCCAAUGGCUUCCGUGCCACUGUGGACACCAACGAGCCGGGAACAGCACCUGGCGCCAGCGCUGGCGUGGUCUUCAACGCUAGACCUGUCAGUGUCCCUGCGGCGGUGAAAUCGGCGUCAGCUCCUAUUCCAGCAUACGCUGCUCCUGGCACCUUCGGCCUGGCUCCGUGGUCCGGCUAA